AUGGAAUAUUGUUUUGAAUGUUGUGAAGAUCAGUAUCCAAGUAAGGAGCAAGAUCAUUGCAUUGUCAAAAAAACAAGUUUCCUAUCCUAUGAAGAACCUUUAGGAAUCAUUUUGACAUCAGUUGCUGUUUUGUUUUGCUUGAUAACAAUCUGGAUACUUGGAACUUUCAUUAAGUACAAGGAUACUCCCAUAGUUAAAGCCAACAACCGAGACAUCACCUACACUUUCCUUGUGUCUCUUUUGCUUUGCUUUCUCUCUUCCAUUUUAUUCCUUAGCAAACCCAAGAAAGUAAUUUGUCUUCUCAGACAACCAACUUUUGGUAUCAUCUUCUCAGUGUCUAUUUCUUGUGUCUUGGCCAAAACCAUCACUGUGGUCAUGGCUUUCAUGGCCAACAAGCCAGGAACCAAGAUGAGGAAAUGGGUAGGAAAAAGAUUGGCCCUUUUCAUUGUUUUUUCAUGCUCUUUUUUCCAAGUCAACAUUUGUAUUGUGUGGCUGUCAACCUCUUAUCCAUUCUUUGAGUUAGACAUGCACUCUCUUAGAGAAACCAUAAUUUUGCAAUGCAAUGAAGGAUCCAUCCUCAUGUUCUAUUGUGUCCUGGGCUACCUUGGUUUCUUGGCUAUAGCAAGUUUCAUUGUGGCAUUCCUUGCCCGUAAUUUACCUGACAGUUUUAAUGAAACCAAAUUUAUUACUUUCAGUAUGUUGGCUUUUUGCAGUGUCUGGGUCUCCUUUGUGCCAACCUUCCUAAGCACUACAGGGAAAGCCAUGGUAGCUGUGGAGAUCUUCUCCAUCUUGUCCUCCAGUGCAGCCUUACUCGGAUUUAUCUUCUUCCCAAAAUGUUUCAUCAUUUUGCUGAGGCCAGAACUGAACAACAAGGAGCAAUUAAUUAAUAAAAAGAAAUUAAAUAAUGAAAAUAUCAUAUUCUAUUCCAAAUGA